CCAGGCACACGCCCUAUGACAAUGAAAAAAACCUCUGGCUGGAGUGAGGAGUUAAAUCACGGAAAAGAUAUUUGUUACUGCUCAAUCUAGCCCACGACUGGAGAGGAGGAUUCCGAGAACGAGGGAGCAGUCGCUGAAACACUUUCUAGUCUUUUGUCCGAUAUGGAGUCAGCCAUUAAGACGAUCGUGACCACAUAUCUUAGCUCUGCCAGAGGGAAGGAGAAUUUAGACGGGAAGACUUUCCAGAAACUGGUGAAGAAGCAACUGGGCGGCAUCAUGGAGGAUGCCGACAGCGCCUCGGCCGUGAAGGAGAUGCAGAAGGGCCUGGACGACAACAGCGACGGGAAGGUCAGCUUCCAGGAGUACCUCACUCUGGUCGGCUACUUGGCCAACGCCAUGAGCGAGCGCAAGUGUGGCACCGACGCGGAGGCCUCGUAGACGGAGGCCGAGAACCAGACGCUUCCCUGCAUUCCCACCACAACCACUAUGUAGAGAUCAUUGUCCCACAACGGCCACACACGGUUAACGCACUACACGCCCAUGUUUCCUUAAACCCCAUCAUAUCCAGCUUUUAAGGAUUGAAGGACUCUGAGCUGAAUGUGUCUUUUUAUGCCAAUUACACAAAAGAUACUAACAGUGUUUUUUUCCAAUAAAAGCUUUAUUUUGAAACUA